AUGUCUCUCGCUUUCCUUGCCAAGAAGAGCUGGCAUACAGCCAAUAUCAACAACCAAGAGCGAGUAUGGCUCAAGGAGCAGGAGAAGGAGCGGGAGAAGAAGAAGACGGAGCUUCUUCAGAAGCAGAUGAAGGAGGAAAGGGAGAUGGAGGAGCUGAGGCAACUGCAAGGGGCAGGCCAGAGCACACAGAACAAGCUGACCUGGAUGUACGCGCCCCCUAUCAAUGUGCAGGCAGACGCAGACGAAUACCUCAUGGGAAAGCCCAAGGAAGACGACAAGGAGGACGAGGAUCUGAAGAAGGUUAUGAAGAACGAGGCAGUCAGUCAAGCUUUUGUUGAGAAGCAGAAAGACGCGAUUAGCGCCUACCGGGAUGACAUGAACAAGAUUCGAGAUGACCCCUUGUUCGCCAUCAAGCACGCAGAGAAGAAGCAGCGGGAGCGAAUGCUGGACAACCCGCUCAAAGAAUUGGAGGCGAAAAGAUUGGCAAAGGAGCAGAAGAAAGCUGCAAAGAAAGAAGCAAAGAAAAUGAAGAAGGAGGGGAAACGCAAGCAUGAUUCCGAUGAUGACAAAGACGACUGGAAACGGAGGAAGAUGCGAGAAGAAGCUUUCGACGACAAGUAUUCCCGUCAGGACAGGAGCUCAGGACAGCACGCUCGGGAGUCAAGGCACGAUGCUGGCCAGAGCAGGAGGUCGAGGUCGCGAGACAGGUACGGUGACAAGCAUCGGCAGGACAACGGCGCCCCCAAGGCCCAUUCCUCCUCCUCCAGCGGCCUUCUCGGGUAUGGCCUGUGGAAAGGGUCGCAGUCUCGAGAGGAGAAUCAGACGCCGUACGUGCCCGGUGCUGCUGUGGAGGAGUACUCCAUGACUGGGAGGAAGGGAAUCAUUGACAACGGUUACGAGGCUGAAUUCCAGAGCAAGAUGAACAAGGAGACUUUCAUGGCGUCGGCGACUACCAUGGAGCAACGGCUUGCGCAGAGGAAGCACUACCGUCAGCGCAACAUCGACGACACGACAGGAAUUGUGUGA